AUGGAUCAGUAUGAGAGCUUGAGGAAUAGGAUUCCACAACAGGCAACCACACAACAGGCCCAGCUGGUAGCAGCCACUGAAAUCGAUGAAGAACAAGUCAGUAAAGCCAAACAGAGCCGGCAUGAAAAGAAGGCAUGGAAGGCUAUGUCCAAACUGGGUCUUCGACAGGUUACAGGGGUUACAAGAGUCACUAUCUGGAAAUCUAAGAAUAUCCUCUUUGUCAUCACAAAACAAGAUGUCUACAAGAGCCCAGCUUCAGAUACCUACAUAGUUUUUGGGGAAGCCAAGAUUGAGGAUUUAUCUCAGCAAGCACAACUAGCAGCUGCUGAGAAAUUCAAAUUUCAAGGUGAAGCUGUCUCAAACAUUCAAGAAAAAACACAGACUCCAACUGUACAAGAGGAGAGUGAAGAGGAAGAGGUUGAUGAAACUGGUGUAGAGGUUAAGGACAUAAAAUUGGUCAUGUGUCAAGAGCAAAUGGGUCAAGAGCAAAGGCAGUCCGAGCCCUGAAG